AUGAACCCAUCGGAAACUGGACAUCAUCGUCUACCGACGAGCGUCGAGCCUACCCAUUAUGACCUCACAGUUUGCACUGAUCUUGUGUAUGCCAAGUUCGAUGGUAUCGUCAAGAUCGACUUGUAUGUCCGGGACAAGACUUCAGACAUCGUCUUCAACACCAAGGACAUGCAGCUAGGAAGCGUUACCGUUUAUUCAGAUGCCCUGCGUACAGAGCAACACCCCAAGUCUAUGUCGUUCGACACUGAUCGGGAACGGGGAACACUGUCUCUUCCGACCUCACUUCCUGCCGGAUCCAAGGCACAAGUGUCAAUAUCCUUCGAGGGGCCGCUCACAGGUGCACUCAUGGGCUACUAUCGCUCUGUCGGUGGCGCCGAUGGCAAGGAGGUAUAUAGUCUGACCCAAUUUGAGCCCACGGCGGCGCGGAGGGCAUUCCCCUGCUGGGACGAGCCAGCAUUGAAGGCAACGUUCGCUGUGACAAUGAUAUCUCGCGCCGACACGGUCAACCUGAGCAAUAUGUCCGUUGAGUCGGAGAGCACAUACGAGCCCGGCUCCCUGGACGCCACGGGCGCAGUAGUCUGGCUGACCAAGCUUGCUUCACCUGCGAUCAGUGGAACAGCUGCGGGAGACAAGUGGAAGAUUACACGGUUCCAGACUACACCCCCGAUGUCCACGUACUUGGUGGCCUACGCCAACGGUCGCUUUGAGCAUGUAGAGACAACAUACACGACUAACUUUGCGCUGGAUGUCAAGCGCCGAGUGCUCCCUAUAUACGAGAAGGUCUUCAAUAUCGAAUACCCGUUGCCGAAGCUAGACACCCUCGUUGCGAGUGAUUAUAAUUCUGGUCAAAUUGGGCAAGCGACUGAAUGCUCAGGCUUGAUCACCGGCAGGGUAACGGCCUUCUGCCUCGACCCCAGGUCAGAGAACCUGCAGGUCAAGAAACAAAUCGCAGUUACAAUGUGUCAUGAAGUAGCGCAUAUGUGGUUCGGCGAUAUCACCACUAUGGAGUGGUGGGAUAAUCUUUACUUGAACGAAGGUCGGGUGCUUCUUCUUCGAAUUUUCCCCGAGUGGAAGAUGAAUGCAUCAUUCAUCUCGGACUCCCUUUUCAGGGCGUUUUCUCUUGACGCCAAACUCUCCUCUCACCCCGUCGAGGUGGAGUGUCCAGACGACAACAUGGUGCACGGGAUCUUCGAUGCGCUCUCUUAUUCUAAGGCUGCAUCAGUUUUGCGCAUGCUCUCAGCAUACGUAGGGGAAGAGCGGUUUCUCAAGGGCGUCUCCAUCUACCUCAAGCGGCACCUUUUCGCGAACAGCACCACGAAGGAUCUAUGGGACGGCAUCAGCGACGCUACAGGUCUGGAUGUUUCAAAGAUGAUGGAUUGUUGGAUCAAGCAGGUCGGAUUCCCGGUCGUUACCGUCACCGAGACCACAAAUGGCAUUCACAUACGUCAGGAUCGUUUCCUCGAAACUGGUCCUGCUGAUGAGCUAGAUAGCCAGACAACGUGGUCGAUUCCCUUGCGUCUUCUCACGGUAUCGGACAAAGGCGAGGUCAUCGUAGACAAAGAGAUUCUCCUGGAGCAGCGCGAGAUGAUCAUCCCCCUCGAUAUCUCAAAACCGUUCAAGUUGAAUGCGGGCACUGUCGGCUUCUACAGAGUCCUAUAUUCUACCGAGCGACUGAUCACCAUUGGUGCGGAAGCGGCGAAGGCUGCGUCCCCGUUUUCCGUGGAGGAUCGCACUGGCCUUGUGUACGACGCGCUUGCGCUUGCAAAGGCUGGCUUCUUGACUGUCAGUAGUGCAUUGUCUCUUUUCGAGGUAUUACGCGAGGAGCGCGAAUAUUCUGUAUUGCAAGGCAUACUCUCGAAUCUCGAAUCGAUUCGUUCGACUUGGUGGGAGCAUCCUGACAUUAGUCUAGUUUCUCCGAUCGUUCAACAAUUAGGAUGGGACAACCGCAAAAGUGAUUCCGACGAUGACCGUGCGUUGCGGAUCCUAGCAAUCCAGCAUGCAGCCUCUGCAGAGGACACCAGCGUCAUUCGGGAGCUGAAAGCGCGAUUCUCGCGAUUCAUGGAAACGGGCGAUGACUCGAUUAUUCCUCCCGAUCUCGUUGGCGUGAUUUACAUGAAUGCCGUGCGGUGUGGGGGACGUAAGGAAUGGGAGGCCGUCAAACGAAUUGUCCAAAAGCCAAAGAACCCUGCUUACGGUACUUCAGCAAUGAUCGCUAUGGGACACACCUCACAUCUUGAGCUCGCGGAGGAAACAUUCCAGUGCAUCCUCAACGAGAGCCGCGACCAGGAUCUCAUAUUCUACCUCGAUGGACUAUCAACAAACCGGAAGACCCGGCGAUUUCUCGCUACUGCCUUCAUGCGACAUUAUGAUGAGUUCGCAAAGCGUCUUGAAGGCAACUUCAGUAUGCGGUAUCUGAUCUUUCGAGUCUUUCAAUCGCUUUCCUCUCGUAGAGAUCACCAAGAGAUAGCCAACUUUUUCAAGGAAAAAGAUACUUCCAAAUAUAACAUGGCCUUGAAGCAGACUCUGGACAAUAUUGCAGCCCAAGCCGCGUGGGUUGAGCGGUCAACAGAUGAUCUUCUGCGCUGGGCUUGA